UAUCGUCCCCCCCGCAACUUCCCCAAUCCCCACAAACCCCGAUCGCUCCACCGCCUUCCCCUAUCGCCGUCGUCAUUCGCGUCGGCUUCUUCUUCUUCGUUCGUCUCCCCCUAAAACCCCCCACCCUCCUAUAUAAGCUCUCUCUCUCUCUCUUUCUCUCGUCUUGUGUUGUUGAUGAGCGAGUUAGUAGGGUCUGUCGCAGAAGUCACUAAGAUGGAAGGUGGAGGAAAUGGGGGAACGGGGGUUGGCAGUCCGCCCCCGUUUCUGAGCAAGACGUACGAUAUGGUGGACGACCCGUCGACGGACGCGGUGGUGUCCUGGAGCCAGGGGAACAACAGUUUUGUCGUGUGGAACCCGCCGGAGUUCGCGCGCGUUCUUCUCCCCAAGCACUUCAAGCACAACAACUUCUCCAGCUUCGUCCGCCAGCUGAACACAUAUGGUUUCAGGAAAGUUGAUCCGGAUAGAUGGGAGUUUGCCAAUGAAGGUUUCUUAAGGGGUCAGAAGCAUUUGCUGAAGAUGAUCUCCAGGCGGAAGCCCAUCCACAGCAAUGCUCAGCAGCAGCUGCCUCAAGGACAGAGUGCGACUGUAGGUGCCUGCGUUGAGGUUGGCAAGUUCGGGCUGGACGAAGAAAUUGAGAGGCUGAAAAGGGAUAAGAAUGUCCUCAUGCAGGAACUUGUUCGAUUGAGGCAGCAGCAGCAGACUACUGACCAGCAGCUGCAGACAGUACUUCAGCGCAUUCAAGGAAUGGAGCAAAGGCAGCAGCAAAUGAUGUCCUUUCUGGCGAAGGCAAUGCAAAGCCCUGGUUUCUUGGCUCAGUUGGUGCAGCAGAAUGAUAAUAACAGGCGGCGCAUGGUUGGAGUGAACAAGAAGCGCCGGUUGCCGAAGAGGGAGCACCAUCAAGAUGGCGAACCUAUACCAAAUGAUGGGCAGAUCAUAAAAUAUCAGUCUGCAAGAGAAACUACGAAAGCCAUGCUCAUGCAGAUACUGAACGGUGAUAUGCCUUCCCGGAUAGAAUCAUCUUCAGACAAUCCCAAUAAUUUCUUUAUGGGUGCUGUUCCGGCAAGUUCCGGACCAUUUGAGAAUGGCUGUGCUGCCAGCCAAAGGUCCGGCGUAACUGUUCCAGAUAUGAAACCAACUUCUGGGUUUGAAUAUCUGCCUGCUGUCUCAGGACUUGCAGAGGCUUCUUCAGCUUCUGUGAUAUCAGAUGUUCAGUCUUCUCCUGGUGCAUCAGAGGUGGUAACGAGUUCAGGUGGCUCGCCUAACGUGAAUUUGGUUUGUGGACUGCCGGAGCCCUUGGCCUCUGCCGAGACAGUUCUUCAUAGUCCAACACUCCCGUCUGUGCUAAGGUUUGCGGCAGAAAAUGGUGCUGUUGAUCUUGCAAGUGGAGCAUAUGUGGCUCCACAACCUGGGCUUCCUCAGAAGGAUCAUGUACAAGUUGAUGGCUCAAUCCCCAUAGAAGCUGACAAGCUCUCCCCCGAAGCUGAUGUCGAUGUUUUCUUUAAUGGGGUGCCCGUUCCACCAGAUGGAAGUGAUUUUCCCUGGGAACAGUUGCUUGCGUGGACUCCGAUCUCAGAUGACACCGAGGAGGCUGAGUCGAUCACCCAGGAUACUUUUGCUAAGGAAAACGCCCUCUGGGAUGGUGUUAAUUUGCAGCUGCUAACCCAACAGAUGGGUCUUCUUUCAUCAGAGGCGAAUGGAUGAACCUUACCAGCAUAUGGAUUUGUGAAUCCUGAAGCUGAUUUCCUGUUUUUUCUAGCUUCUUGUUUCCUUCAAAGAAAAACAAUAAGGCAAUCUGCAAGUAGGAGCUUCGCGCUAUACUCUGCAACUACUGCACUGUUGCCUUUAUGCGUGUAAUAUCUUCUUUCCAGUAAAAGAUACAAGCAUUUGCAAGCGCCUUCCUCCGGCACCUGCAAGUGCGCUCUGCCCGCUUGCGUGUAAGCUUUGCCUGUUUUGCCACUGAAGGGCGAUGCCAUGGCGGCGAUGUGAACUUCCGAUUAGUUAGAAACGAAGGGUUUAUUUGAUUUCUUCAACUA